AUGGUCAAGGCCGUUGUCGCUGGUGCCUCUGGCGGUAUUGGACAGCCUCUGUCCCUGCUCCUGAAGCUCUCCCCCCUCGUGGACGAGCUCGCCCUCUACGAUGUCGUCAACACACCCGGCGUUGCCGCUGACCUCUCCCACAUCUCCUCCAACGCUAAAGUUGGUGGCUUCGUGCCCGCUGGUGGCCCUCGGGACCCCGAUACCAGCCAGGCAAAGGCGGCCCUGAAGGAUGCCGACAUCAUUGUCAUCCCUGCUGGCAUUCCUCGCAAGCCUGGCAUGAGCCGUGACGAUCUCUUCAACAUCAACGCUGGCAUCGUCAAGGGCCUCAUCGAGAUCGCCGCUGAGGUCGCCCCCAAGGCGUUCAUCCUCGUCAUUUCUAACCCAGUCAACUCCACCGUGCCCAUCUCCGCUGAGGUGCUGAAGGCCAAGGGUGUCUUCAACCCUCAGCGCCUGUUUGGUGUUACCACCCUUGACAUUGUGCGUGCCGAGACAUUUGUCGCCGAGAUCGCCGGCAAGUCCAACCCGCAGGAGCUCACUGUUCCUGUCGUUGGCGGUCACUCGGGAGAGACCAUUCUGCCCCUUUUCAGCCAGGUCACUCCCAGCGUCACUAUUCCCGACGACAAGUACGACGCCCUCGUCAACCGGGUCCAAUUCGGUGGUGAUGAGGUCGUCAAGGCCAAGGAUGGUGCUGGUUCGGCCACUCUCUCCAUGGCCUAUGCUGGCUAUCGAUUCGCCGAGAAGCUGCUCAAGGCCGUGAAGGGUGCCAAGGGUCUCAUUGAGCCAUCCUACGUCUACCUCCCAGGCGUCCCUGGUGGUAAGGAGAUCGCUCAGCAGACUGGCACCGACUUCUUCUCCGUGCCCAUCGAGCUUGGCCCCAACGGAGCCGAGAAGGCCAUCAACCCCUUGGGUAACAUCACCGAGAAGGAGAAGCAACUCCUGGCCAAGGCCAUCGAGGGCCUGAAGGGCAACAUCGACAAGGGCGUCGCCUUCGCCAACGCUUCGCCUCAAAAGUGA